UAUAAACUAGACGCCAAUAUUGCACGCGAUGCAUCUACUUGCAACCGUCUCCGGGACUUUUCUGUUCGCUACGCUCUUCAAUGUAGUGGAAGGCUACGGUAACUGCUAUAAUAUCUGGGGUAACGUCUGUAAUUCGAAGACGUACACACGGAUAAAGGACGGCAAAGGUCGGCUCCUUGCGUGCAGUUAUUAUUGCCAUCCUGACUACUGGAAUACGUGCUGGAACAUCGAAGCACAUGGGUCUUCAUGUGUGAGAUUUGCCACGUCCUACCCAGGAAAAUGCCACAAGGGUGUUUGUAUCGCCAGAGUAAGCACAUACAAUAACCUCAAAACGCAAUCUUUCAAUACAACUAGAGUGUGUGAAAGGGGGUACGACUACCUAGGGGACAAGUAUGGAAUAUACGGUUGCAAGUAUUACUGCAAAGACCGCAAACGUACUAUAGUAAAUGUGCCCGACGGGAGUGAUUGUCAGGCCGCUGCCGAAGCUCGUACAGGAAAAUGUCAUGGAGGCUACUGCGUACCCAACUAAAUCUCGCCGCCAUUCGCAUAUGUCAUUUGGCUGCGCAUAUAAUACGAGAAUAAAUAAUUAA